CUCCAACUUCCUAAACGUCCUCUCUAUGCAAGUGAAGGUGAAUGACAUUUUCUGCUCCUGUUCUCAUGGCGAUUGGGGUCUCACAGGGAUCUGUCCUCGGUCCCGUACUUUUCAAUGUCUUCAUCAACGACUUACCAUCCACUCUUCAGGCGGAUUGCCUAAUCUACGCUGACGACCUAAAGCUAUGGACGGAAGUAUCCAGCCUUGAAGACGCUGACAGAUUACAAACUAUGCUCGAUCUACUCCAUGACUGGUCGAUUAAAUGGCAGUUGCCCAUAAAUCGUGCUAAAUGCUCUGUUCUCCCUCUUUGGCUCAUCAAACCCAUUUGGAACUUACCACAUUGGUGGUUUCUUGCUCAAAAGCGCAACCAAAGAGAGGGACCUUGGAAUGAUAGUGUCAUCAGACCUCAAAUCUAUUCAAGACACCCAGAAGAGAGUCGCUGCGGCCUACAGGAUGUUCCACUCUAUACGUAGUGAGUUUUCUCUCCUGACCCCGGGACUUUUCCGACUCCUCUUUGGCUCGCAUGUACGCUCGAUUCUUGAAUACGGGCUACCC